AUGGCUCUUAUGGCUCUUUCCGAUUCUUUCCAACGUCUGCAGCAGUUGUAUGCAUGUAUGUAUGUUGAUAAGGUUCCCAAUAUGGUUGGUACUCUGUUGGUCUGA